AUGGCGUCGCCACCAUCUGCGUCGCCGCGGUCGUUCAGCGCCGCCGAGGUGCGGGUUCGCUGCGCGCAGGGCGCCUGCCUCGUGUCCUGCUGCCGCCGCCUCUACGACCUGAGCGGGUUCGUGCGGCUGCACCCGGGCGGGGAGCAGCUGCUGCGCCGCCGGGCGGGCACCGACGUGAGCGCCGCACUGGACGGGCCGCCGCACCGGCAUUCGGACAACGCCCGCCGCUGGCUGGAGCAGUACUACGUGGGGGAGAUGGAGCCUGGCGAGGAGCAGAGCCCUGCUGAGCCAGUGGAUGAGCAGGUGGCAGAUGCUGCAGCCAAGACCCCAACACAGAUGGAUCCUCGCUGUAAAAUAGUGGAUGUGGAGAAGGACCUGGUGGACUGGCAGAAGCCCUUACUGUGGCAGGUGGGCUACCUGGGGGAGAAGUAUGACGAGUGGGUACACCAGCCUGUAGAUCGUCCCAUCCGCCUCUUCUACUUGGAUUUCCUCGAGUCCCUCUCCAAGACAGCAUGGUAUGUGGUGUUCAUGGUGUGGGCUCCCGUGGUGCUCUAUCUCAGCUGGGUCAGCUACACCUCCCUUGCCCAGGGCAACACCAGGCUCUUCUCAUCCUUCACCACAGAGUACUCCAUCCCCGUCCACAAAUACUACUUCCCCUUCAUCUUCCUCCUGGGGAUGUUCCUGUGGUCCCUGCUAGAGUACCUCAUCCAUCGCUUUGUCUUCCACAUGAAGCCACCUGCUAGUAACUACUAUCUCAUCACCCUGCAUUUCUUGCUGCACGGGCAGCAUCACAAGUCUCCCUUUGACAGCUCCCGCCUGGUGUUCCCUCCUGUACCAGCCUCGCUAGUGAUCGGCUUCUUCUAUGGCGUCCUGCAGCUCCUGCUGCCCGAGGCGCUGGGGCUCUCGGUGUUUGUUGGGGGGCUCUGCGGCUACGUCAUCUACGACAUGAUGCACUAUUACCUCCACUACGGAUCACCAAAGAAGGGCACCUACCUGUAUGGCCUGAAGGCUUAUCAUGUCAAGCACCACUUUGAACACCAAAAAUCAGGCUUCGGCAUCACCACUCACUUUUGGGAUCAUCCCUUCGGGACGCUCAUCCCUGAGGAGACCUUUGAGAAGGAGGACUGAUG